AUGAAGGCCUCAAUUGCCUCCCUCGCAACUGCACUCACUCUGGGCGCUUCCACUGUUCUCGGUGCCUCCAUUCCCGAGAAGCGUGCCAGCAGUGUCACCCCCAUCACCGUCAAGGGUAAUGCCUUCUUCAAGGGCAACGACCGCUUCUACAUCCGUGGUGUUGACUACCAGCCCGGUGGCUCCUCCAAGCUGGCCGAUCCCAUCGCCGACGCCGAUUCCUGCAAGCGCGACAUCAAGAAGUUCCAAGAUCUUGGCUUGAACACCAUCCGUGUCUACUCCGUUGACAACUCGGCCAACCACGAUGAGUGUAUGACUGCCCUGGCUGAGGCCGGUAUCUACCUCGUCUUGGAUGUCAACACCCCCAAAUAUUCCCUCAACCGUGCCGACCCCUCGCAGUCCUACAACGAUGUGUACCUGCAGUACAUCUUCGCGACCGUCGAGAUGUUCGCCAAGUACGACAACACCCUGGCUUUCUUCUCCGGUAAUGAGGUCAUUAAUGAUGGUCCCUCUUCAUCCGCUGCGCCCUACGUCAAGGCUGUCACCCGUGACAUCCGUGCUUUCCUGUCUGGCAAUAACCUGCGCAAGGUCCCCGUCGGUUACUCUGCUGCGGAUAUCGACACCAACCGUCUCGAGAUGGCUGAGUACAUGAACUGCGGAUCCGACGAUGAGCGCAGUGACUUCUUCGCCUUCAACGACUACUCCUGGUGCGAUCCCUCCUCUUUCCAGAUCUCCGGCUGGGACCAGAAGGUCAAGAACUUCACUGGCUAUGGUAUCCCUCUCUUCCUCUCCGAGUACGGUUGCAACACCAACACCCGUAAGUUUGAGGAGGUCAAGUCUCUGUACUCGACUCAGAUGACUGGGGUGUACUCUGGUGGUCUCGUCUACGAGUAUUCUCAGGAGUCUAGCAACUACGGUCUAGUCAAGAUCAGCGGUGAUUCCGUUAGUGAGUUGCCCGAUUACGAUGCCUUGAAGACUGCCUUUGAGGGUACCAAUAACCCCAGCGGCAAUGGUGACUACAACAGCACUGGUGGUGCCAGCGGUUGCCCCGUCAAGUCCGCCCCCAACUGGGAUGUCGAUGGUGACUCGCUGCCGUCUAUUCCCACCCCGGCCAAGAAGUAUCUGACCAACGGUGCUGGCAAGGGUGUUGGAUUCAGCGGCAAGGGUAGUCAGACCUCUGGCACUCAGUCGACUUCCACUGCCAGUUCCGGCUCUGGCUCUGGUUCUGGUUCUAGCUCCAGUACCUCCUCCAGCAGCAGCGGUACCAGCACCAGCACCAACGGUGCCUCUGCCGGUCUUCAACCCUCUGCUAUGAGCUUCGCCCCCGUUGCUGUCGGUCUCGUGACUGCCCUCUCCAGUGUCUUUGGAGCCAGCCUUCUUUUCCUGUAA